AUGGUGGAAACAAAGUUUCCGAAGCUACCCGUAACGAUCUGUCCCGAGACAAAGGUGCGCAAGAAGGAUCUCGACUUCACGACCGCUUAUCAGCUGUACAAUGAUGAGGAGUUGUGGCAAUAUAUGGCAAAAGAGCAAAUUGACAAGCUAGAGGCCCUGCUGCAGGUGUGUGACUUUUCGUUCGGCAUCGAAAUGAAUAACGAAUCGUACGCGGACGACGUGGUACCGCUCCUGCAGCGCAUGGCAAUACCGUUCGAGGAUAUGUUUUUGCUGUGCGGUUGGCGGGAGCAGGUGAUCGAUUGCAGAGACUUUUUCAAGGAAACGCUCACCGAGGCGGGAAUUUGCUACAGCUUCAACUCGCUCGCUGCGGACGAUCUGAUGCGGCGCGAUCAGCUACACUCGGAGUACGAGUACAUGGCGGAGAAUCAAUCCUCCAAGCAGUGGAACAUGGACGAAGGGUACAGUAGCCGGGCCGGGGGAGACACGUACCCAAGGCGUGCCUUUGGAGCGGGAAGACGCGCUGGGUUGUUUGUCAUAACGAAGGUUCAGAUAUCGGAUAUGGACUAUAUGUGUGGGAACUCAUUCCAAGGGUUUAAGGUGCACCUACACUCACCGGUACAGUAUCCAAGGAUGGUGAACGAGUUCUUUCGCAUCCCGCUUAGCCAGGAAGUGUCCGUGUCGGUGGAACCGCUCCUGUUCGACACCACUGCCAACGUGCGACGGUAUGAUCCAAGUCGGCGGCUCUGUUACUACAAUCACGAGAGAUACCUGCGCUAUUUCAAGGUGUACUCCAAGUAUAACUGUGACAUUGAGUGUCUUUCCAACUACACGCUGAAGACUUGUGGUUGCGUGCCGUUUCCGUUGCCUCGCACGAAGGAUGACAGGAUCUGUGGGAUGGGCAAGGCUAGCUGUGCCGAUAUGGCACUGUCCGUGUUGGAGGAGAUGGACUUGCUGCAUGAGCUGAACAAAUCCGACAACUUUCUGGAGCACUGCAACUGUUUGCCGUCCUGUAAUGCACUGUUCUACAACACGGAAAUAUCGCAGGCAAUGUUCGAUUGGAGAAAGCUGGCGGAGAACAUUCAUCUCAUCGCUGGUGUGGACGACAACACGGAACUAUCCUAUCUUUCGAUAUACUUCAAAGUGUCUCGCUUUAUCCCGAUCAAGCGGAGCGAACUGUUUGGCAUCAGUGACUUUCUCGCCAAUUGCGGCGGCGUUUUGGGACUGUUUAUGGGCGUCAGCAUACUGAGCAUCGUCGAGCUCGUCUACUACUGCACACUGAAACCGCUGAUUGCACGCACCAGAUCCGGCAUCGAUCGGGCCGAAACGGCCAGGGUGGUCAAAUCGACGCUCAUUCUUCCACCGCCCGAGUACGGGCUGGCGGGCGACAUUCGUAUUCGCAAAGCCUCCACCAACAAGUGGUAAAACGAAAGCAUUCCACUCAGUUCCUGCAGUGCCGUGCUGUGUCACCGCCUGUUCGCGCUAACUGGACCGGUGUCGUCCGGCAAAAGGUCCGAAAGAUUUAUGGCGAUGAGCUAAGAUGAAUGGCACGCUGCUUUAUCAUCUCGCUUGGCUCUCCCCCUUUUGCGAUCGCGGUCUAGGAAGUGAUCUUCAUUCCAGCCCGAAAUGAGUCCGGGGCCGAUUUAUCGAAACUUGUCACCAUAAAUCAACCUAUUGGUUGAAUAAAUUAUAAACACCAAAAUUCACUCCUGCAUCACGGCGGCUUUGUGUGCUUUUUUUCGGGCAAACGGAUCGCUCUUCUAAUGGACGGUGAUGGAGCCCGAUAAGUCGUCGGCUCGUUUCUGUUCCACGGGAGAAGUUUUUAAAAUUUCUCCCUCUACUGGAACGUGUGUCAAACACAUUCUUUUAGUAAAUUUUGCACCUCAGAAAAAGGAACAAGUACAGCGAGACACACACACUUCAUCUUAUCUAAUCAACGCGGCGGCGCUGGCAGCGGUAGAUGAUAAAUUCGUUAUCAGAACAACCCUCGUGAGCCUUCUGGCGCGGGGUGAGUAAAUGAUGG